AUGAACAAGAAUUGGAACGACAGGGCCGAUAAGGACCUCUUCUUCACCAUCCUGUCGGUUAAGAACAUUGGCGUCAUCAGCGGGGCAGAAUGGACCACCAUAGGCAACCACAUGCGCACCCUUGGCUAUGGCUUCACCAAUGAAGGAUGCCGGCAACACUUCCAAGGGCUCCGGAGGGCCCAGAACAAAGUCGAGUCAAAUGGCUCGCCGGGUGAUAGCGCAAGGAGCUCAGACCCGACGCUCAAUCCCAUUACUCGUCGACCGGGCCCGGGCCGGGGUCAACAGCUUCAAGGGCCUCUCGAAGCUCAACCCCAACACCAAAAGGACGUUUCUGCAGGAGCUUCCGCGUCCGCAACUUCGACAUCGCCAACAAAGAGCGAUCCCCUGGCAGUGGACCCCGGACUUGAGGAUCCGGAUGAGCAAGUGGCCAAGCGGCCGAGACUCGACGAAAAUCAAGAUCCGUCCUUGGAGGACGAGGCCGUCUUGAACGCGCUAGCUGGCCACGGCAACCCAACCCCGGUAGAUCAUUAUGCACCUGAUUUUAGCUAUGGCGAAGCCUAG